AUGGAGGAUUUUUUGGAUCGAGCCGGAGCAUUAGUGGAGACAACGGAAACUCUCUCCAUCACAGAAGAAAAAGCUUUGUCUGUAUUAUGGCCACGUAGUUCGCAAGAUCUACCACAUACUCAUACAGCAAAAGAUCUAUAUAACGACUUAUCCAGACUCAAAAA